CUCAGUUCUCCGGGCGGCCGGUGGCGGAAGAGGCCGAGAGCAGGUGAGAGGGAGUAGGUACCCAGUGAGUGGUGUUCCCAAAUCUGGAAGAUUUGCCACGUAUCCAGGAUGAGAGUGGAGGACUGAUAGACGGGGAAACAUGCAGAAAACGCCAAUCAUUCUGGCCAAGCCUCCUGCGGAGAGGGGCAGUAAGGCAGUGCCCACCCCUCCUCUGCCCGCUGCCAAUGCCAGCGAGAAGCCCAUCGUGCUGAUGAAGGCGAGGGAAGAUGGCAAACCCACCGCGACGGGAGACGGUACCUCGCAGGUUCCCGCUUCUUCAGGGAAGGCCGAGAGGGAGUACCAGCGACCGACCCAACCCGUCUACCAGAUCCAGAACCGGGGCAUGGCCCAGUCUGCACCAAGCACCAACGUUGACCCCGUGAUUGGCCAGGCCAAGCUGCACCCUCCCGAGAGGAUGAAACACUCCAUCAAACUGGUCGAUGACCAGCUGAACUGGUGUGACAGCGCCAUGGAGUUCUUGCUGGACCAGACGGACGUGUUGGUGAUCGGAAUCAUCGGGCUGCAAGGAACAGGCAAAUCCACCAUCAUGUCGCUGCUCUCUGCCAACAACCCGGAGGAAGACCAGAGGGCGUAUGUGUUCCGAGCCCAGACCCAAGAGAUUAAGGAACGCGGUGGGAACCAGACAAACGGGAUUGACUUCUUCAUUACCCAGGAACGCAUCAUAUUCCUGGACACUCAGCCUAUUUUGAGUCCCGCUGUACUCGAUCACCUGAUCAAUAAUGAUCGUAAACUCCCUCCGGAGUACAGUCUGCCGCACACCUACGUGGAGAUGCAGUCUCUGCAGAUGACUGCCUUCCUGUUCACCGUGUGCCAUGCAGUGCUCCUGGUCCAGGAUUGGUUCACCGACCUCAACCUGUACAGGUUCCUGCAGACAGCGGAGAUGCUGAAACCUUCCACUCCCUCGCCAAGUCACGAGUCGAGCGGGGGCCCGGGUUCGGACGAAGGGUCGGAAUAUUACCCGAACAUCAUUUUCGUGCAGAAUAAGGCCAGGCGGGACGACUUCUGCCCACGCAACCUCAAGAAGAUGCACACAGUCAUUGACAAACUGAUGCUGCACUCCCACCUCAAGUAUAAAGGUACACUCUCCAUGUUGGACUGCAACAUCUUUCCUGGGCUGAGCAAUGACUUCCUGGAGUCAGAGGUCAACUUGUUUCUCCUCCCGGUGAUGGAGAGUGAGGUGGAGGAGAACCUGGUCAGAGCUGGGACCGGAGGGAUAUCUCUGUUCUCACUGCUUCCGGGUUACAAAGGUCACCCCAGCUUCCAGUCUCUGGUGGGCAAACUGAGGAGCCAGAUCCUGUCCAUGUGCCGGCCUCAGCUCUCUCACACCAUCCUCACCGAGAAAAACUGGUUCCACUACGCCGCCCGGAUCUGGGAUGGGGUGAAGAAAUCGUCCGCUCUCUCCGAGUACAGUCGUCUGUUGUCCUGAGGGAGGGGGUGGGGGUGGUGUGGAGGGGGUGUGAUGCUGUGACUCCCCUCCCCACCCCACUCCGUGUGGAAGACUCUGAGGGAGAUCCCACUCUGGCCUUCGGGAGAAGGGUAGGAGAGCAGCAUGCGCGGAGUGAUCCGACUCCCUCUGUUCCCGGAUCUUGGCAUUCCCUUCUCCAGGAGCGCGUUCCCGUCAGUUCCCGUUCCCCUCGCACCCGCCUCUUUCCUCCCCCCGCCCCCUCCCCAGGACUGCAGCGCUGAGGGAACUGGGAGGCAGAAUCCCACACGGCCCUUUCGGGCGGGAUAUCUCCCAUUUUGGGGCGUGUUCCUGAGGCUGAGGGAAGGGGACGGAGCGAUGGAAUGAUGUUCGGGAGUUGAGGGGUUCGGGAGCGACACCAGCAAGUCGCGGGAGCUUGGAUGAGCUGACAGCUCCAUGUCAGCCUUGGACCGGGAUCGCUCCGUCCUGUCGCAGUGAGCAGCGCAUGUGGGAGCAAUGUCUGUGCUCUCCAUUGACCCUCCUCUCAAACAUCCCCACCCCUCCACACACACACACACACACACACACACACACACACACACACACACACACAGCACUGGGGUCAUAUUCCCCCCCCACCCCCCACCUCGAGCACUGCUCAGUCACCUCUGGCUCUCUCACUGCGGGCCAGGAGGAGUGAGGAAGGUUUCGGGAAGGAAUGGCCUCUGGAGGCCGUUCAGCCCCCUCCUAGCCCCCCUGGCUCAUCCACCAUUUAUUUGCUCCAAGACCCUUAACCCGUUGGUCAGUAUCCCCUCCUUUCCUUGCACUUUUCCUGAAAUUCCCUUUGACUCAGGAUUGGAGGGAUGGGCAGGGACAGAAUUCUCGAUUUCCCUCUUCCUGAUGUGUUUUCCUCCCCCUCCCCCCGACUGGGAAUGGGAUGACCUGGGAACUUGGUGUGGACUCUCCCAACGGAGACAGAGCCGAUGGGGAGAAGGGAGUGACCCGUUGAAUGGUUUUAGACUUGGGAGUGAGGGGAGAGACAGUGAGCUCCGAGACAGAGCGACGAUCCCGUGACACUGUCACCACCCCCUGCCAGAGUGUGGUCAGCUGUGUGUGUUAGAGCAGCCUCCACCCCUCCCCGAGGGCAGCGAUGUGUGGGCACACUCCCCGUCGGUGCUCACUCUCUGGGUCACACCAAAGCAGUCGGUGUGAUUUGUUUCUGAGUGUGGUGAAGGGCCACUCUCUGCUGACUCAAUCGAUUAAAGUUAAUGUUUCUGUUUGUGGUUCAAAA